UUCCAUUUUAUUCUCAACCGUUAUAUUAGAGCAGACUAUACAAAAUCUUUAAUUUUCAACCCGAAACAUGAUCCAUUAACACAAAUAACCCGAAACAUAAUCCAUUAACACAGAUAACACGAACCCAAAAUUACCCCACUCCAAUUGGACCUAAUCAACUCUUCCAAGAAUCAAAAUGUCUACUUGAGUUUGUUCAACAUUCUGCUUUUAAGUUUAACCAAAACCCCAUUUCCCAAACCCUAAACCAAUGAAUCAAUGAUCAGAUAGCAAAAAAAACACCCAUCUUCUCCAAAGCAUCAAUUCCAUUUCUAUGUCUUCAACAAUGCCCGAAAAUGGCGACGUUCAAUUCACAUCAUCCUCCAUUAAAAUCCCAAUUUAUGCACCCCAAAAUCAUCAACAUCCCUUCUCUAACCUCCCAUUUUGUUCCCAAUCCUUAACUUCCACCCUCACACAAGCCAAAUUCUCAAUUACCCAGUUCAUAGAUUCCCUCAAACUCCACAAAAACCCCAUCAAAUUUCGCUCUUCCUCCCCACCUCCAUUGCUGUGCUCUUCAACAUUGGCACUGACUCGACCCGACGAUUCGACUCAGCCUCAACCCGGUGGCGGUGCUACGUUCGAGGUGGCUCAGCCGAAGGCCUCGGUGAGUCGGACUCGGAGGGAGGAUGAGGAGAGAGUGUUGAUCAGUGAGGUGCUUGUGAGGAACAAAGACGGCGAAGAAUUGGAGAGGAAAGACCUGGAAUCGGAGGCGUUAACGGCGUUGAAAGCGUGCAGGGCGAACUCGGCAUUGACGGUGAGAGAGGUCCAGGAGGAUGUUCAUCGGAUUAUUGAUAGUGGGUAUUUUUCUACUUGUAUGCCUGUUGCUGUGGAUACUCGGGAUGGCAUCAGAUUGGUCUUUCAGGUAGAACCAAACCAGGAGUUUCGAGGAUUGGUGUGUGAAGGAGCGAAUGUUCUCCCGUCCAAGUUUGUAGAGGAUAAAUUUCGUGAUGGAUAUGGAAAAGUUGUCAAUAUCAGGCGUUUGGAUGAAGUUAUCGAAUCCAUCAAUGGAUGGUAUAUGGAGCGCGGUCUAUUUGGCAUGGUUUCAGGUGUUGAGAUCCUUUCAGGGGGUAUACUAAGGUUACAAAUUGCUGAAGCCGAGGUCAAUGAUGUCUCAAUCCGUUUUCUUGAUCGGAAGACACGCGAGCCAACUGUGGGGAAGACAAAGCCAGAAACGAUACUUCGUCAGCUUACAACUAAAAAAGGACAGGUUUACAGUUUAAAUCAAGGAAAAAGGGACGUAGAGACAGUUCUAACUAUGGGAGUUAUGGAAGAUGUUAGCAUUUUCCCCCAGCCUGCCGGAGACACAGGUAAGGUUGACUUGGUAAUGAAUGUGGUUGAGCGUGUGAGUGGAGGUUUCUCAGCUGGUGGUGGAAUUUCGAGUGGGAUAACUAGUGGUCCAUUGUCAGGUCUGAUCGGAAGCUUUGCAUACUCUCAUAGAAACCUUUUCGGUAAGAAUCAAAAAGUGAAUGUCUCCCUAGAGAGGGGGCAAAUCGACUCUAUAUUUCGAAUAAAUUACACAGUCCCGUGGGUUGAAGCUGAUGAUAAACGUACACAACAGUCGAUUAUGAUUCAGAACUCAAGAACUCCUGGUACUUUGGUCCAUGGUAACCAGCCCGACAAUAGUAACAUAACCAUUGGCCGUGUAACAGCUGGCAUUGAAUUCAGCCGGCCUAUAAGACCAAAGUGGAGUGGAACAGCUGGACUUACAUUUCAGCGAGCUGGUGCUCAUGAUGAAAAAGGGGAUCCUGUUAUAAAAGAUUUUUUCAGUAGCCCGCUUACUGCAAGCGGGAAUACUCAUGAUAAUAUGUUGCUUGCCAAAUGCGAGUGUGCCUACACUGGUGACUUGGGGUCCUCAAUGUUGGUAUUCAGCAUGGAACAAGGUCUUCCUAUCUUGCCAGAGUGGUUGAGUUUUAAUCGAGUAAAUGCCCGUGCCAGGACAGGGGCUCAAGUUGGGCCAGCCAAUCUUCUUCUAAGUUUGUCUGGAGGUCAUGUGGUGGGCAAAUUCUGUCCUCAUGAAGCAUUUGCCAUUGGUGGUACAAAUAGUGUGAGAGGAUAUGAAGAGGGUGCUGUCGGCUCAGGCCGUUCCUACGUGGUUGGCUGUGGAGAAUUUUCCUUUCCUCUGUUUGGUCCAGUAGACGGGGCUCUUUUUGCUGAUUAUGGUACCGACCUUGGAUCAGGCCCGACUGUUCCUGGUGAUCCUGCUGGUGCAAGAUUAAAACCCGGGAAUGGAUACGGAUAUGGAUUUGGAAUCCGAGUGGAAUCUCCUUUAGGUCCUCUACGGCUUGAAUAUGCCUUCAACGACAGGCAAGCUAGGAGAUUUCAUUUCGGUGUUGGACACCGUAACUAAUCACUCUCCUCUUCUUUCGUAGAUCAUAAUGUUAUCUACUGAAGUUUUUGUCAUGGAGAAUUAGGUUAGGCUUUUCAUUUUCGUUUUGUGUAAUCGUGGUUCACGAAUGAUGUUGAUUCGGCUUACUUCUGAGAAGGGUUACGCGUACCUGUAAUUGUUUCGUUUUAUCUAAUUACAUAAUUGUGAAUCUUUGCACAUCCUGGUGUAAUGAUCUUGAGACCAGAAUAAUACAGGAAGGUUUUGUAUUGAAAUGAUUUGAUGAAA